AUGGAAGAAGUGACCACUGAAGAAACUAUCCCAGACGAAAUCAAGGAGGUACUAGACAGUUAUGCUGACAUAAUGCCAGAGAGCUUACCACAAACAUUACCACCUCGUCGAGGCAUUGAUCAUGAAAUUGAACUCCUUCCGGGGGUUAAACCCCCAGCAAAGAACGCAUACCGAAUGGCUUCCCCUGAGCUAGCCGAAUUGAGGAAACAACUAGAUGAGUUGUUGACAGCAGGAUUCAUCCACCCGGCAAAGGCACCUUACGAAGCCCUCGUACUAUUUCAGAAAAAGAAGGAUGGGACGUUGGGUUUAUGCAUAGAUUAUAGAGCCUUAAAAAAGGUGAUGGUACGCAACAAAUACCCACUACCGAUAAUAUCUUACUUGUUCGACCAACUUCACGAGGCCAAAUACUUCACGAAGUUGGACUUACGAUCAGGUUGUGAAAAGAUCGGGAGGGAUAGCGAUAAGAUAAAAGCUAUCCAAGAGUGGAAAAUCCCUACUUCUGUAUCCGAUGUGCAAUCCUUCUUAGGAUUAGCAAACUACUACAGGCGGUUCGUCGAAGGGUUUUCACGACGAGCCGCCCCCUUAACGGAGCUCCUGAAGAAAGACCACCCUUGGUCGUGGUCAAAUAAAUGUCAAAUGACCUUUGAAGAUCUUAAGGCAACCAUGACGAGGGAUCCUGUCCUCAGGUUAGUAGAUGUUACAAAGCCAUUUGAAAUAGAAACAGAUGCGUCCGACUUUGCCCUAGGCGGUGUCCUUAUUCAAGAAGGCCACCUCAUCGCUUAUGAAAGUCGAAAGCUCAAUGAUGCCGAACGGAGAUACACUGUCUCCGAAAAAGAAAUGCUGGCUGUAGUCCAUUGCCUACGAGUUUGGAGACAGUAUCUCUUGGGAUCACAGUUCAUAGUGAAGAUGCAUAAUAGCGUCAUCUGCCACUUCUUCGAUCAACCAAAAUUGACGAAAAAACAAGCCCGGUGGCAGGAGUCGUUGGCGGAAUUCGACUUCAAAUUCGAACACAAGGCAGGGAAGAGUAAUCAAGGAGCCGAUGCGCUGAGUCAGAAGAGCGAACAUGCGGCCCUGUGCAUGUCAGCCUAUAUUCAGUCAAGUAAGAUCGAUGGAUCGAUGCACGACGUCAUCAAAGAACAUUUACACAAGGACCCAUCGGCUAAAGCUGUCGUUGAGCUAGAUAAAGCCGGGAAGACACGAUAG